AUAAGGAGGCCACUGCCUCUCUCUUCUCCACCUCCCUACAGCACACCUUGCUUUCCUUUUUUCCAUUUUUUUUUUUCCUUUUUGUUUAUGCCUCAUGGAAGGUUUUACUUGUAGAUCAACUUUCAAAAUGUAAGAAGUCAGCAUGCGUGACGUUAUCAGAAAAAUAUGUGGUGCUGAUCUCGACGAGAAGUGAAGAAGUGAAGAGGGCGCUUUUAACUCCUGAGCCCAGGGAGUUGGCAGCAUCUGGGUUUCAGAGGAGCCAGCACCUCCGAGUUGUCUUGGAGUGACGUUCUCCGGAACUACUGUUCUUCUAGCUGCAAGAUCUAAAUGCUGUGGCCACUAAUUUGUUGAACCAAGACUCUGAGGCUGAUAUGCAAUGUCACUUACAACAUUAAUCAGAUACUGCAUUUAAGUGCUGGUAUCGUGGUUUGAUUUUCAGCAAAUGUGACAGUGGCCUUUGCAGUGGUCAGCUCCGGGCUUUGAACUCUCAGAGGAGGAAGGGAAAAAAAAAUUCAACACACCACCUCCUUGGUUGCAGCCUCAGAGAAACCUUGGAUGAGAAACUUCUUUUUUUCCAAUCCUGUUUUCCUGUUGAUAAAUUCAGUUCUCGUGAUCGCAGUACAUUCAAGCUGUUCUACGUAUGAUUUUUUUUGUGUGUGACAAUUGCAUCUAAAACUUGUGAGCAAGAAGACGGAGAAAUCAGUUGGUCUCCAUCGCUUUACAUAAAAAUGGCUGAGUGUCUUGUCAUGCUAACACUGCAUUAAGUGAUACAUACAGAUCUUGUGGAGGAGAUGGAGGACUCAGAACCGAGGAUUUCCAAGUGACUUCUUCCAAAAUACGAAAAACUAACUCUGUUAAGGCUGUUCUGUUUUAACUGAGAUGACAGUCAUGUCCCUUUCCAGGGACCUCAAGGACGACUUUCACAGCGACACAGUGCUCUCCAUCUUGAAUGAGCAACGCAUUAGGGGCAUUUUAUGUGAUGUCACUAUCAUUGUGGAAGACACCAAAUUUAAAGCCCACAGUAACGUCCUGGCUGCUUCAAGCCUGUAUUUCAAAAAUAUCUUUUGGAGCCAUACAAUCUGUAUUUCCAGCCAUGUCCUGGAACUGGAUGAUCUCAAAGCUGAAGUGUUUACAGAAAUCCUUAAUUAUAUCUACAGCUCCACGGUUGUCGUCAAGAGACAGGAAACGGUCACUGAUCUUGCAGCUGCAGGAAAGAAGCUGGGAAUAUCCUUUUUGGAAGAUCUCACCGAUCGCAAUUUCUCCAAUUCCCCAGGUCCCUAUGUAUUCUGCAUUACUGAAAAGGGAGUGGUCAAAGAAGAAAAAAAUGAAAAAAGGCACGAAGAACCAGCCAUCACGAAUGGGCCAAGGAUCACAAAUGCGUUUUCCAUCAUCGAAACGGAAAAUAGUAAUAACAUGUUUUCUCCACUGGACUUGAGGGCAAGCUUCAAAAAGGUCUCUGACUCCAUGAGAACCUCGAGCCUCUGCCUAGAGCGGACAGACGGCUGCCACGAGGCGGAGCCCGUGCGGACCCUGGCAGAGCACUCCUAUGCCGUCUCUUCUGUGACUGAGGCUUACAGAAGCCAGCCAGCACAUGAGCACGACAGCAGCACGCCUGCUAAAACAGGGAAAGAAACUUGUGAAACUCUUGCAGCGAAACCGAAAACAUGCCGAAAGCCAAAGACACUCUCCGCCGGUCCUCAGGAUUCUGAGUCAAGUGCAGAAAAUAUACCACCUGCUCCAGUAGCCAACUUAGAGACGAAUCACGAGCAGAGUCCCGAGCCACCUACCGACCUUUCUUGUUCCAAACCUCCCAGCAAUGAAGGAGACGUCCAUCUUCCCAGGGAAGAUGAAAAUAAGCCCUCUGACUCCCCCGGGCCGCCAGCUGCAGAGAUUCCGCCUCUCGUUUACAACUGUAGCUGCUGCUCUAAGUCCUUUGACAGUAGUGCUUUGCUCAAUGCUCACAUGCAGCUUCACAAGCCAACACAGGAGCCCUUGGUGUGCAAGUAUUGUAACAAACAGUUCAGCACCCUGAACAGGUUGGAUCGUCAUGAGCAGAUCUGUAUGAGGUCAAGCCACAUGCCCAUUCCUGGAGGGAACCAGCGCUUUUUGGAAAACUAUCCUACCAUUGGACAGAAUGGAGGUUCAUUCACAGGUCCAGAGUCUCUAUUAUCUGAAAAUAGGAUUGGUGAAUUUUCCAGUACUGGAAGUACCUUGCCAGAAGCAGACCACAUGGUUAAAUUUGUUAAUGGGCAGAUGCUCUACAGUUGCGUUGUAUGCAAACGUAGUUACGUGACAUUAUCCAGCCUCCGAAGACAUGCAAACGUCCACUCAUGGAGAAGAACAUACCCUUGCCAUUACUGCAACAAAGUAUUUGCAUUGGCUGAAUACAGGACAAGACAUGAAAUUUGGCAUACGGGAGAAAGGCGGUAUCAGUGCAUUUUCUGCCUUGAAACUUUCAUGACCUACUAUAUACUCAAAAACCAUCAGAAGUCUUUCCACGCCAUAGAUCAUAGACUUUCCAUCAGCAAAAAAACAGCAAAUGGAGGCUUGAAGCCUAGUGUCUAUCCAUAUAAACUAUACAGGCUCCUGCCAAUGAAAUGCAAGAGGGCUCCUUAUAAGAGCUAUCGAAAUUCUUCUUAUGAAAAUGCUCGAGAAAACAGUCAGCUGAGUGAGUCUGCCCCUGGUACCUAUGUCAUUCAGGCUCCCCACAGCUCUGAGUUGCCAGCACUGAAUUUCCAAGACGGUGUGAGCACACUGACCAGCAGUCCAGCCAUCCCAUUGGAAACUGCCUGUCAGGACAGACCCACUCCUGCCAAUGUACCAAGCGCAGAGGGCACCAAAUGGGGAGAGGAGACACUGAAAAUGGAUCUUGACAGUAACUUUUAUUCAACUGAGGUGUCCGUGGCUUCCACCGAAAACGCUGUCAGUUCUGACCUCCCGGCAGGAGAGGUGCCUGCUUUGUCUCUGGGCACCAGCGGUGAGAACUCUGCCUCUGUGAUCAGCUACAGUGGCUCAGCACCCUCAGUCAUCGUGCACAGUAGCCAGUUUUCAUCCGUCAUAAUGCACAGCAACACCGUGGCCGCCAUGACCAGCAACAGCCUCAGAGGCCCCGCAGAGCCCCCCAUCAGUGCACCCCUGAAAGAUGACAGCAAACCUGAGCCAGACAAAGUGGGUCGAGUAGUGAGCAGACCCAAAGGCAUCAAGGAGAAAAAGAAGACCACACCAGGUAGCAGGGGAGAGACACCAGAGGAGCCGAAAUAUGUUGCUGAUUCCGGAGGGUCGGUCAGCAAAAGUACAAAUACUGCUAAAGAAACUAGCAAAAUUGAAACCUACAUCGCAAAGCCGGCUCUGCCCGGAACCUCCACAAAUAGCAACGUGGCACCCCUUUGCCAAAUAACCGUGAAGAUCGGGAAUGAAGCCAUUGUGAAAAGGCAUAUCCUGGGCUCGAAAUUGUUCUAUAAGAGAGGGAGGAGACCCAAGUACCAAGUGCAGGAAGAGACUGUGCCACAGGAGAGCAACUUGGGCACCCACAGAGACAGCCCGCUCGGGCUCUGCCAAUCUGAAUGUGUGGAGAUGAGCGAAAUGUUCGACGAGGCAAGUGACCAGGAUUCCAGUGACAAACCCUGGCGCCCUUAUUACAACUACAAGCCCAAAAAGAAAUCCAGACAGUUGAGAAAAAUGAGGAAAGUCAACUGGAGGAAAGAACAUGAAAACAAGAACCCAGGGAAUAAGUGUAAAUACCCAGCAGAACUGGACUGCGCCGUGGGGAAGGCACCUCAGGAGAAGGCCUUUGAGGAAGAGGAGAACAAAGAGAUGCCCAAGCUGCAGUGUGAACUGUGCGACGGAGAAAAGGCCGCGGGGGCCGGGAGCCAAGGCAGGCCCCACCGGCACCUCACUGCCAGGCCGUAUGCAUGUGAGCUCUGCGCCAAGCAGUUCCAAAGCCCCUCCACGCUCAAGAUGCACAUGAGGUGCCACACUGGUGAGAAGCCGUACCAGUGCAAGACCUGCGGGCGCUGCUUCUCAGUGCAAGGAAACUUACAGAAGCACGAGCGCAUCCACCUGGGCGUGAAGGAGUUCAUCUGUCAGUACUGCAGCAAGGCCUUCACUCUGAAUGAGACCCUCAAAAUCCACGAGCGGAUCCACACUGGCGAAAAGCGUUACCACUGUCAGUUCUGCUUUCAGAGUUUUUUGUAUCUCUCCACGAAACGGAAUCAUGAGCAGAGACACAUUCGGGAGCAUAAUGGGAAAGGCUACGCCUGCUUCCAGUGCCCCAAAAUUUGCAAAACAGCUGCUGCCCUUGGAAUGCACCAGAAGAAACACUUAUUCAAAAACCCAAGUCAGCGGGAGAAAACAGAAGGUGAAAUGUGCCAUGAAAACUCGAGUCCCCUGGAGAAUCCACAUCUCGUUGAUUCCGAGGACAAUGACCAAAAGGAUAAUGUACAAACCAUUGUUGAAAAUGUGCGUUGAGAGGCGAGACUU